GUGCUUUCCUAGUUGGGCGAGCAUCCCGCAACCACAGACAGAAUGUAGUACAUAAGAUGGGAACAUCUGCGACGAUGGAGUUAAUUAACUCAUCUGCAUCUGUUUCCCCUGCAUUCAUCUUUUCACCUUUUUUUCUUCUGGUUUCCCAGCAUGGCGAUUUAUCUCUUCAAGCUCGUCCGAAGAAAGCUACGAGAACGCGAAGCCCAAAAGGCUAUCCCAACUACAGAUGACUCGCAUCUAGUACCCGAGCCAGCUCCAGGACAACAACUCCAAGACCUUUCCGCCGGGCACCGUCAUGGACCUUCACAAGACUCAACAGGGAGCCAUAUCAACUUCCUCACCCCAGAAGAAACAGCACGUCAGAAAGCAGAAGCGCGCCAAAGAAACAUCCGACAGUGGAAAUUGAUGCUGGGGCUCGUAUUGCCGAACUUUCUGGCCGCUAUGGAUGUUACUAUCGUGGCUCCUGCUAUUCCACUUAUAUCAACUCAUUUCGACCAGCUCUCCGGAAGUUUCAACUGGCUAGUAGCCGCCUACACGCUCACAUUCACCACCUUCAUACCCGCUUCAGGCCAACUAGCCGAUAUUUACGGUCGCCACUUCGCACUCCAAUUCGAAAUGUUCUGGAUCACCAUCGGAAGUAUAGUCUGCGCCACGGCUCAGUCCUGGAGUAUGUUACUUGCGGGUCGUGCAUUACAAGGGCUAGGCGCGGCGGGUAUAAUAAGCUUGAGUCGAAUCAUAGUGUCUGAUGGGGCGACCCUGGCGGAGACUUCGAGAAGUACCUCUAUAUUAUCUUUGAUCAGCGGAUGCAGUUAUGCCGUCGGUCCAGUCAUCGGCGGCUACCUCGCAGACGCAAGCUGGCGCUACGUAUUCGUCCUCCCCAUCGGCGUCGCAGUCCUCUCCAUGCUCUUCAUCUUCUUCGUCAUGAGAAAAGAGCUAGUCUGCGGCCGUACCGCCGUCUCGCCAGGUCAAUCCCGGCGUCUAGGCUACAUCUCCGGGCUCGCAAUCAUUGACUGGCCCGGUCUCGUCAUGUUCAUCUUCGGAGUCGGCUGCAUAAUCCUCGCUAUCCAAUGGGGCGGGACGCAAUACUCCUGGAACUCAGCGCCCGUCAUCGCUCCCCUCGUUGUCGGAAUCACACUCUGCAUCGCCUUCUUCACUUACGAAUACCUCCUCGGUCCCAACCGCGCAGUCGCCCGACUCUUCCCCCGCCAAAUCCCCAUGAUACCCUCUACCCUUUUCCGCAAGAAAGACACAGCCCUCCUCAUGAUUGUAAACUUCUCCGCAGGCAUCUCCAUGGUCUGCGCCUUCUACUUCCUAUCCUACUACUGGCAGUUCGCAGAAGGCUACUCGUCGAGCCAAGCCGGCGUGCAACUCCUGUACUACACACCCGGUCUGGGUGUCGGUGUCUACAUCGCAGCUAGACUGUGCAACCAGUGGCUACGACAAACCUUUGUUCCUUUACUCAUCGGUUCGGUUGUUGAAGCUGUGGGUCUGGCGCUGUUGACAUACGCGAUUUCUAUUCGGCAUGUCACGAUGGUGAAGGUGUUCCUUGCGGUGGCGGGUGCGGGGACGGGAUUGCGCUUUAUGCCGGUUGUGCUGCAUGCAGCGGGGAUUUGGUCGACGCGCGUUCCUAGUAUGCAGUCUCUGCUUUCUUUCAUGGUGCCGUUGGGAGAGACUGUCGGUAUCGCUAUGAUGGGGUCCGUCUUCUCGAACAAACUCACCACUUUCCUAGCUGGGAUCAACAAUUCUGGAAGCAAUAUCGAGCUACCUGCCACCGGAGCACAUGGCCUCGACCUCUUGGACAGUUUUCCUGCUGCAGUCAGGAGUGAAGUGCAAGAAGCGGCUGCGAAGGCAGUUAUGUGGUCUUUGAUCUCUAUCAUGCCUUUUAUGGCUGCGGCGAUUGUUGCGUCGUGCUUUUUGGGGAAUGUGUGGAUUGGGAAAACGGCAGAGAAGGGUGGAGAGGGGGAGACAGAUAAACCUGCGCAAGAGGCGGAGAUGGGAAAGGUUCUGUAUGGAGUUUAUGUGGUUGCGUGGUUCAUGGGAAGGCUUGAAAAGCAGAAGCAGGAUCUGGAUGUCAAUAUAGAGGGUGAUGGGAUGAAGAGAAGGAACCAUGACACAGUUGGAGAAAAUAGAGUAUAGAGAUAGCGAUAGAUGAGCGUGGAUGCAAACGUGUUUAUGAUUUUGUAUUCUGCUUUGACCUGGAGCUCUCUUGAUCGAUGUCCAGCCGGUACCAAUAGCAAACCUCCUUUUUCAUGGGUUCUCUGCCCCCGUACUC